AUUAGUAAUAUGUACUUAACUCUUCUUAACUCUAAUUUUACUGAGUCACGUUUGCUUUAACCAAUAACCAGUCAUGCAACCUUUUGUAUGAAUAGGAACAAGCAAGCACACAAAUCAAGUUUACAGGCCAGGGUAUAGUUACUUACACAGAAACCCGCCCUCAGUGCAAAACUAAGCGGAUGAGAGAGAACCGCUGCGCUGUGGGGCGAAAGGCAAGAGGAAAUGGCAUCGCCCCUUUACUCAUAUUUCGCUACGCGUAGACUGCAUUUAAAGGAGCCGUUACCACACAUUUAGCCCUACAUUGGUUUUGUUAUUUCCUGAGAUAAGGGAAAAAGCUACAUAAUUAAGAUGUGUGCGCUCCUUCAGAGUCUCCUCCUGCUGAUAUGACAGCAGCCUGCGCAGCAAACAUGCCGCGCUGCCGUGGAUGACUGAAAAUCAGCUGAGAAGGAGUGUUGCAAACACAUUUAUUUUGAUGACAUGGAAUAUGCAAGAAUGUGUUGCCCUACCCUUCUUACACCACCGAGAGUGCAAAGCUGCUUAAACCAGGCGGAAAAGCUUAGACGGCAGUGACUUCAGUACCGUUGGCUAGAAAAAUAUGGCACCUCAACAACCUUCUAGCAUUGAGGAGCAAUGUGAGCCUGAAUCUGAGGAGGGAGAGAAACUAGGACCCCCUUCAGACCCAAAACAUCCAGCUUAUAAUGCUCCAGAUGGAGGCUGGGGAUGGGUGGUUUUGUUCGCUACCAUCAUUGUCUUGGCUCUGACGCUGGCCUUCCCAUCAUUCAUCGGUAUUUUCUAUGUUGAUCUGCAGACCGAAUUUAAAGCCAGCAACAGCGAGACGUCUUGGGUGCCUUCAAUAAUGACAGCAGCUCUACAUGCUGGAGGUCCUCUUUGUAGUGUUCUGGUGGAGCGCUUUGGAUGUCGGGCAACAGUGAUGUUUGGGGGAGUACUGAGUGGUCUGGGGAUGGCAGCCAGCUCCUUCUCACAGUCCAUUGUUGAAUUGUACAUCACUGCUGGGGUGAUCACGGGUCUGGGUUUCUGCUUCAGCUUUCAGCCUGCUGUCACCAUCCUCGGCCAUUACUUUGUGCGCCGUCGUCCAUUUGCCAACGCAAUGUCCUCCACUGGUACAGCUCUGGGUCUGUCCACAUUGCCCUUUUUAGGAGACUACUUGCACAAGGAGCUGGGCUGGAGAGGGAGCUUUCUGGUGCUUGGCGCUGUGCUGCUUAACUGCUGUGUUUGUGGGGCUGUCAUGAGGCCACUCAAGCCCAGAAAGGCGAAGAGCAAUACCCCAAAAGCCACCAAAGAAGAGAGGCCGAAGGGGGGCUUUCUAGGAAUAUUUAAAAAUUUUACAUCUUCUCUCAGACGACACAUGGCUUUUGACCUGUUCUGCAGUAAUCUUCGAUUUCGGGUCUUCUCCUUGGGCAUCACUUGGAUGAUGCUGGGUUUUGUGGUGCCCCUUAUAUACCUAGUCCCGUAUGCCACGUCCGACGGUAUGGAUCCAAGCCGAGCCGCCCUGCUGCUCUCCAUCCUUGGCUUUGUCAACAUUAUUGUGCGACCUCCCAUUGGAGUGCUCUUCAGUUUGUCGUGGUUUAAAGGUCGCCACAUCUACAUGUUCUCCAUCGCCCUACUCUUAAAUGGACUCAGUAAUAAUAUUUGUUGCAUUAAUGCCAGUUUUCCUGUGCUUUUAAUGUACGUGCUUACGUAUGGAAUUACUAUGAGCGUGGUCGGGUCACUGAUGUUCACCGUUCUGAUGGAUACAGUUGAGAUGAGCCGGUUCCCAUCCGCGCUCGGCCUGCUGUCUAUAAUGGAAAGUGUCACACUGUUAAUAGGACCUCCUCUUGCAGGAGUUCUAGUUGACAGGACUGGGGUCUUCACAUAUGUGUUCCUGGUCUGCAGCAUCUCAGUGACCUUAUCAGCUUUGUUUCUUAUGGUUUCCUUUUAUUGGCUAGACCGCCGUGACAGUUUGCAAAAGGAAAAAGCUUCUGGAUCUCCAGCUAAGCCUGCAGUUACUUUAUCCACUGACUGCCAGUACAGCACUGUUCCUACAGAUGGGGACAAGACAAAUACAUAAUCUUCACAGGGACCAAAAAUGUAAACCAGUUUAAGAGUUAUGUUGUCCAACUGUCCGAAAUUGAGGUGUAUCACAGCUCGUGAAAAUGUAUGGCAUACAGUAGGCUAUAUUGAAAAGUGCAAUUACUACAAAUGAAUACAGUAAAAAGGAGCUUCUUCAUUCUUAUAAUGAACAUUGAAGCUGUUUGCCCAGGAAAUGUUGUUCACUAUCAUAAUUGUUGUAUGUCACAUUAACUUUUAUCUUUAUAUAUUUUCAUUUAUUGUUAUGUAUAAGAAUACACUAUAUACACUGUGUUUGUAUAACAUUGUAAGUAUUCUUAUUGUAUUUUUAUACCAUACACUGAAUGACCUACAUACACUGUUAACCCUUAAUGGGAGUUUAAAUCUGUUGUCUUAACUUUACAACAUUCAGGGGCGGUUUCCAAGACAGGGAUUAGACUAGUCAUAGACUAAAAUAAAUGUAAGAGCUGUCCAAACUGAAAACAACUUGCACUGACGUAUCUUAAAAUACAUCAGUGCCCUUUGUUUUGACUCAAAAUGCACACAAGUAAUGUUUUUAGUAAGGCAUGUUUGUUAAAACUAGUUAUAUUUCCUAAUUAAACUAAGGCCUAGUCCUGGUUUAAGCUAAUCCCUGGCGGGGAAACCAUCCCUCAAGAUGCCAAAGUGUAAAGAGACUAUAUCAUAAAUCAGGAGAAACUCAAGUCUAGGUUUAGCUAAACACAAACCUUUGCUAACUAAGUACCACGUCAUAAAACUUCCUUCGUCAUAAGGGUUCAAGUCGUCUGUUUAUCAGUGAGAUUUUUUGUGUGAUUUGCCCUAAAUACCUAAUGUGCACUUGGUGAGGGCUGCUGGGUUCUUGGAUUUAGACUGUAUGAAAGACUCUUUGAACACAGUGGUGGUUUCCCAGACAUGGUUUAGAUUAGUCAAGGACUAGGUCUUGGUUAUAUGAGGCUACUUAAAGGAACAGUAUGUAAGAAAUUUAUAUCAAUUAAUCAUUAAAUGGCCCUAAAAUGUCACUAGACAUUAAGAAAUCAUUUUCAUUUCAAAUUUUUAUAUCACUCACAACAGCGGUCCGGCCAGGAUAUUCUCAUUUAAAAAGUGGAGUUGCAGCCCUCAACUGAUGUUUAUGUUGUCGUUUGGUAUAUUGGCCACCAGCUGUGUGAUUGCAGUACCAGUUUUAGCCACACGUUUUGUGAUUGCAAUACCAGUUUUGGCCACAAUCCUACAUACUGUUCCUUUAAGUAGUUUUUACAAGCAUGCCUUACAAAAAACAUUACUGGUGUACAUUUUGAGACAAAACAAUGACACUGAUAUAUUUUAAGAUAAGUGUUUUCGGUCUGAGACUAUAGACUGUCUGGGAAGCUGACCCUGAGUGUUCAAAGGGACCAUUUCAUUCAUAUUUACUGUAGGAUAGAACAAGCAUUACAUUUCAAGAUGUUUUAUGGGAAGCUGUUUCGGUUUUCUCAGGUGCACAAUUGUUGGCCUUGUCAUAGUUGUGUUGUUUUCUUAUUUUGCCAAAGCAAAUGACUUGCUGUAAAUGGAAGGGGAUGUGAACCUCUUCAGAGAGUCAUUUAUAGUACACUGUAAAAAAAUUCCGUAGAAAUUGCAGCUGGGUUGCCGGUAAUUUACCGUAGAUUUACAUUUAUGUUAUUUACUGGCAAGAGUUUGUUCAAAGUUAA